UAUACACCCAAAGUAGAAGCAUCUCCCCACACCACUGAUAGCAAUGUCGAUUAUGUUCUCGCAAGAGCUGCUCAUCUCCACACUGGCCAUCAUUCUUGUUCCCCUCUACACGUUGUACCUCAGGUCUAGUAGAUCAAAGAACCCAUCAGUGCUCCCCACAAACUGGCCAAUAGUGGGCGUGUUACCUUACCUUAUCGCCAACUUCCACAACCUGCACGACUACCUCGCCGCCGUCCUCGCCGAAGCAGGCCACAACUUCAGGGCGCACGGCCCACCGGGGACCGGGAUGCGGUUCUUCCUCACCUGCGACCCGGCCAACGUCCGGCACAUCUUCACGACGAACCACACCAACUUCCCCAAGGGCGCGGAGUUCGCCGCCAUCUUUGACAUCGCCGGUGGCAGCUUCUUCACGACUGAAGGCGAGCCCUGGCGUCGGCAGCGCGCAAGAGCCCAGAGAGUCUUGAGCAACCCACGGUUGCUUGCCGGUAUGACCGGUUCCUGCCGUGACAAGGUGGAGAACGGCCUCCUGCCGGUGCUUAUGCACAUGGCGAGCACCGCGACCCCGUUCGACCUGCAAGAUUUGACAACGAGGCUCGUGUUCGACAUGACCGCCGCGCCUCUCUUCGGCGUGGACCCUGGCCUCCUCUCCCCGGACAUGCCCCCCAUGGACGCAGCGGCCGCCAUGGACACGGUCAUGGAGGUCGCCUUGUUCCGGCACACCGUGCCGGCCUCUUGCUGGAAGGCGAUGAGGCGGCUAAAUAUCGGCCCGGAAAGGAAGCUCGCCGCAGCGCACACGGUUCUAGGUGGGUUCAUUGAGGAGAUGAUGGAGAGGAGGAAGAAGAAGGAACAUGUUGCAAACGAGGGAGAUCCUUCUUCCGUGGACAUUCUGUCUUCCUACAUCGACGAUCCAGACUACCAGCAGAACGAUGGCUUGCUCCAUGCGACGCUCAUCAACUACAUGAUCGCUGGGAGGGACACGAUCGGCACAGCUUUGACAUGGGUCUUCUACAACCUCGCCCAAAACCCUCAUGUCAUGUCGGCCAUCCGCAACGAACUAUCACCUAUUGCAUCACGGAAAGCAGCCACAGGCGCCAACAACAGCAGCACCAUGGUGAUCUUUGAACCGGAGGAGACCAAAUCUCUGGUCUACAUGAGAGCCGCCCUACACGAGUCUCUCAGGUUGCACCCGCCGGUCCCCAUCGAGCGUAAGACGGCGGUCGCCAACGACGUGAUGCCGAGUGGCCAUGUAGUGCACGCCGGUGACACCUUAUUGAUUUCUCUCCACUCCAUGGGGAGAAUGGAAGGCGUGUGGGGGAAAGACUGCCUGGAGUAUAACCCGGAUAGAUGGCUCUCAGAGGAUGGCAAGAAGCUGCGGUACGUGCCGUCUCACAAAUUUUUGGCAUUCAGCUCGGGCCCGAGGCUGUGCCUUGGCAAGGACGUCUCAUUCAUGCAGAUGAAUACUAUUGUUGCGGCAAUGGUGUGGAACUUUGAUGUGGAGGUGGUUGAAGGGCACAGAGUCCAGCCGAAGAUGUCUUGUGUGCUGCAGAUGAAAAAUGGACUCAUGGUAAAGUUGAAGAAGCGAGAAAUGUAACCUUUGGUCUCUUUUUCUUACUGCAAUUGUGUCUUGCGUGAGUCUUUCGGUGUUCGGGACCUCAGGGUAUUUGUAUGUGUUCUGUUGUAUUUGUUUUUCUGGCAAUAUAGUAUUAUAUGAAUAAAAAUAGAGUGAAUAUUUGGUGUCCA